UUCCGCGUUCCGCGCCGCCCCGCCCGGCCGCCCGGCCGCGCCAUGGCCCGCGCGCUCGGGGCGCGGCGCUGAGGGGCGCCAUGCCCGGCAGGAUAGGGCCCAAGAUGGACGGGCGCGACGGCCGCGUCCGCCUCAAGGCGCACUUCGGCGGGGACAUCCUGAUCACCAGCGUGGAUGCCACGAUGACCUUCCACGAGCUCUGCGAAGAAGUGCGGGACAUGUGUGGUCUGCACUCACACCACCCGCUCACCCUCAAGUGGGUGGACAGUGAAGGUGACCCUUGCACUGUGUCCUCCCAAAUGGAGCUGGAGGAGGCCUUCCGCCUGACGUGUCGGCACAGGGACGAGGGGCUCAUCAUCCACGUUUUCCCAAGCAUCCCCGAGCAGCCCGGCAUGCCUUGCCCCGGAGAAGACAAAUCCAUCUACCGCCGCGGGGCCAGAAGAUGGAGGAAGCUAUACCGCGCCAACGGCCACCUCUUCCAAGCCAAGCGCUUUAACAGGCGGGCGUACUGCGGCCAGUGCAGUGAAAGGAUAUGGGGCCUCGCGCGGCAAGGCUACAGGUGCAUCAACUGCAAGCUGCUGGUCCAUAAACGCUGCCACGUGCUCGUCCCGCUGACCUGCAGAAGGCAUAUGGAUUCUGUCAUGCCUUCCCAAGAGCCUCCAGUAGAUGAGAAGAGUGACGGCGUGGACCUUCCCUCCGAGGACACUGACGGAAUUGCUUAUAUCUCCUCAACCCGGAAGCACGACGGCAUUAAAGAUGAUUCUGAGGACCUUAAGCCAGUUAUCGACGGGGUCGACGGGAUCAAGAUCUCUCAGGGGCUGGGGCUGCAGGACUUCGACCUCAUCAGAGUCAUCGGGCGUGGGAGCUACGCCAAGGUCCUCCUGGUGCGUCUGAAGAAGAAUGACCAGAUCUAUGCCAUGAAGGUGGUGAAGAAGGAGCUGGUGCACGACGACGAGGACAUUGACUGGGUGCAGACGGAGAAGCACGUGUUCGAGCAGGCGUCCAGCAACCCUUUCCUGGUCGGCUUACACUCCUGCUUCCAGACAACGAGCCGGUUGUUCCUGGUCAUCGAGUACGUCAACGGUGGGGACCUCAUGUUCCACAUGCAGAGGCAGAGGAAGCUUCCGGAGGAGCACGCCAGGUUCUACGCCGCUGAGAUCUGCAUUGCACUCAAUUUCCUGCACGAGAGAGGCAUCAUCUACCGGGACCUGAAGCUGGACAACGUGCUGCUGGACGCCGAUGGGCACAUCAAGCUCACGGACUAUGGCAUGUGCAAGGAAGGCCUGGGCCCUGGGGACACGACAAGCACUUUCUGUGGAACCCCGAAUUACAUCGCCCCUGAAAUCUUGCGGGGAGAGGAGUACGGGUUCAGCGUGGACUGGUGGGCACUGGGUGUCCUCAUGUUCGAAAUGAUGGCCGGGCGCUCCCCCUUCGACAUCAUCACCGACAACCCCGACAUGAACACAGAGGACUACCUGUUCCAAGUGAUCCUGGAGAAGCCCAUCCGCAUCCCCCGCUUCCUGUCCGUCAAAGCCUCCCACGUCCUGAAAGGAUUUCUGAACAAGGACCCCAAAGAGCGGCUGGGCUGCCGGCCCCAGACUGGAUUCUCUGACAUCAAGUCACACGCCUUCUUCCGCAGCACGGACUGGGACCUGCUGGAGAAGAAGCAGGCACUGCCGCCCUUCCAGCCGCAGAUCACGGACGACUACGGCUUGGACAACUUUGACACACAGUUCACCAGCGAGCCCGUGCAGCUGACCCCGGAUGACGAGGACGUCAUAAAGAGGAUCGACCAGUCAGAGUUCGAAGGCUUCGAGUACAUCAACCCGCUUUUGCUCUCCACCGAGGAGUCUGUGUGAGGUUGCGUGCAUCUGUCGUGGACACGCCCGUGAACGACCCUGUAACUUUAUCCUUAACCACAGCAUAUGCAUGCGAGGCCGGCCAGGCUCUGCGCAGCCAGGGAGGACACUGGCCGCUGAUGCGUAGCGGGACAGAGCAGCCCCUCGCGCCUGUGCCCGCGGAGGCCGGCUCUGCUGCAGGAACAGAUGGCUUCUUGUGCCCACACCUCGAGGCCAGGGCCAGGGUGGCCCUGCCCCUGGGGGAGGCUGUCGCGCCAUCGGAGGUGCACGUUUCGGCAGAAGCAGAACUCAGUGUGCUGACCGCUCCUCCAGGGAAGUGAGCGUGUAAUGUCCUGAGGAAUAAAAUGUACCGAUGGUAUCGCAGCUUCCCUCUGAUGCCUCUUUUCUGCGCCACGUCCGGGGCACAGCCACCCCGAGGAGAGCGGAGCCCACAGCAGGCAGGCGGGGCAGGGCACGGAGUCCAAGUGCCUACAGGACGCAGCGGCGAGGGCUCACAGACCUGGACACCUCCAGUCCCGGUAAGUUCCCGUCGACGGUCCUCAGCACGCACUUCGGACCCACCGAGGAGGGCACUGCCCACCAGCUCCGAGGACUGUGACGAGGACCACUGGCUUGCAGAGAUUCUAGAACCUGCCACCAAAGCAUCGGUAGACCAAAAAGCAAAACCACAAAUGGGAAAAUAAAAUCGAGAACUAAUUGUGCACAA